CGUCACAUUCUGGUAGUGUGGCAUGUUGUGUUGUUUAGAUGAGUUGAUGCAAUCUGAAGCCUGCAUUAAUUUGCUGCUAUGACUUGAACAUGACCGCUGCUCCAGAAAAAGACUGUACAGAGACUCGGAGCGCCGUACUGCCCGUCCGAGGAUGGAUGUCCUUUGGUGGUUUUCUCAACCAUGUACGGUAUGAAAACCUUGUGGCUGGUUUGAGUGGAGGAGUCUUGUCCACCUUGGUAUUGCACCCUCUAGAUCUGGUAAAAAUUCGUUUCGCAGUGAGUGAUGGUCUAAAUCUGAGACCCAAGUACAAUGGAAUUCUUCACUGUGUUAGCACAAUCUGGAGACAAGAAGGACUACGAGGGUUGUACCAAGGUGUCACACCAAACGUUUGGGGUGCAGGAGCAUCCUGGGGUCUUUAUUUCUUCUUUUACAAUGCUAUUAAGGCAUACAAAAGAGAUGGCAGACAGGCAGACCUGAGUGCAGCACAACAUCUUGUCUCAGCCGCUGAAGCAGGAGCAAUGACACUGUGUAUCACAAAUCCAAUCUGGGUGACAAAAACACGCCUCGUGCUACAGUAUGACGCAUCCGUAGAUCCUUCUAAAAAGCAGUACAGAGGGAUGAUUGACGCUCUGGUGAAGAUCUACAGAAUGGAAGGUAUCCCAGGCCUUUAUAAGGGGUUCGUCCCUGGCCUUUUUGGAACCUCACACGGUGCCCUUCAGUUCAUGGUAUAUGAGACAUUAAAGAUAGACUAUAGCAAAUACAGAGGAAGGCCAUCAAAUGCAAAGUUGAAUGCCCUGGAAUAUAUAACAAUGGCUGCUUUGUCCAAAAUGUUUGCUGUGACUGCUACUUACCCAUACCAGGUUGUCAGGGCUCGUUUGCAAGAUCAGCACAAUAAAUAUGGCGGAGUGAUAGAUGUCAUCAAGAGAACAUGGGGGAAAGAAGGUGUCCAUGGAUUUUACAAAGGAAUUGUUGCCAAUAUUAUAAGAGUGACCCCAGCAUGCUGCAUCACUUUUGUUGUCUAUGAAACAGUCUCUCAGUUUCUGCUUGACUUUCGAAAGUAAGGACUGUACUAGUGGGAAUUUUGAAGACGAGAUGAAUACCAGAAAUCAGCUGAUUGCCAAAUUGGCAUAUUAAGAUAAAGAACUGUUCAUCUCAGUGGACCAUUUCAUUACAGAAGUAAUCACUUUAAUAAUGUUCUUGUUUGCAUCAGUGACUUGCAUAUUAAAUGAUGAUUAUCUAUUUUUUUUUUUAUUUUUUUUUUAAGAAAUGCACUUAACCUCAUAGAUUUUUGCAUGUCUAUUUAUUGUCAUGGAGAACAGUUUAAAGUCUGACUUUAUUUUAAAUGUCAAAUAUGUUUCAUUUUAUUAUUUAGAGUUAGUUGUAGUGAACUUGGUAAAACUGUAACUAUCUGGUACUGUGUCCCAGAGGUGAAAGGCAUUUAACUAAUCUAUAUGGCCAUGGUGAGAAACCUGGCGUGUGAAAAGGCUAAAAAUAUGAACUUUUCUGUUAUUUUGAUGGACAGAAUAUGCUUAAAGAAAGCAGGACAGCUACAAUUUAAAUGUUACUACAGUUUUAUUUAUUUUUUAGGGUUGAUUUUUUGAUCUUAUUUUCUAAGUACAGCAAUUACAGACUGCCUUGUAAUUGAUGAUUAAAAGACAUCUUUUUACAAAAUCAAA